UUUUUUCUUGAAUAACGGAGAGGGACAGCAUUCGAGACUCCAGGAGCCCUGGUGAGAAUACAACCAGACUCCGCUCCAGCAGGCAGCGAAGCAAGAAGCCAGUUGCUGGCACGAGGUCAGAGCAGGACCAGCUGCUCAACUGACAAGGACUGUGACCUCUUUUAUGAUGGAGGGAAGCCGGCAGACAAGAGUGUCUCGACCCUACAAGAUCAGCGAAUCCUCAAAGGUGUACCGCUGGGCUGAGCACUCGACGACAGUGCUGCAGCGGCUGAAUGAGCAGCGUCUACAUGGCCUCUUCUGUGACAUUGUCCUGGUGGCCGACGAGCAGCGCGUGCCAGCUCACCGCAACCUGCUGGCUGUGUGCAGCGACUACUUCAAUUCCAUGUUCACCCUGGGCAUGCGUGAGGCCUUCCAGAAGGAGGUGGAGCUGAUUGGUGCCUCCUACAUUGGCCUCAAGGCCGUGGUGGACUUCUUGUAUGGCGGAGAGUUGGCGUUGGACGGCGGCAACAUUGAUUACAUCCUGGAGACGGCCCACCUGCUGCAGAUCUGGACUGUGGUGGAUUUCUGCUGUGAGUACCUGGAGCAGGAGGUGAGCGAGGACAACUACCUGUAUCUGCAGGAGCUGGCCUCCAUCUACAGCCUCAAGCGGCUGGAUGCCUUCAUUGAUGGCUUUAUCCUGAGCCACUUCGGCACGCUGUCCUUCACACCUGACUUCCUGCAGAACAUCUCCAUGCAGAAGCUGUGCAUCUACCUGAGCAGCAGCGAGGUGCAGCGGGAAUGCGAGCAUGACCUGCUGCAGGCCGCCCUGCAGUGGCUGACGCAGCAGCCAGAGCGCGAGGCCCACGCCUACCAGGUGCUGGAGCACAUCCACUUCCCGCUCAUCCCCAAGAACGACCUGUUGCACCGAGUCAAGCCAGCUGUGUGCUCACUGCUGCCCCGGGAGGCCAACUGUGAAGGCUUCAUCGAGGAGGCCGUGCGCUACCACAACAGCCUGGCAGCCCAGCCGGUCAUGCAGACCAAGCGCACGGCGCUCCGCACCAACGAGGAGUGCCUGCUGUUUGUGGGCGGCGAGGUCUCCGAACGGUGUCUGGAGCUCAGUGACGACACCUGUUACCUGGAUGCCAAGAGCGAGCAGUGGGUCAAGGAGACACCCCUCCCAGCCCGGCGGAGCCACCACUGUGUUGCCGUGCUGGGGGGGUUCAUCUUCAUCGCUGGUGGCAGCUUCUCGAGGGACAAUGGAGGGGACGCAGCGUCCAAUCUUCUUUAUAGGUAUGACCCCCGCUGUAAACAGUGGAUCAAGGUGGCCUCCAUGAACCAGCGCCGUGUGGAUUUCUACCUUGCCUCCAUCGAAGACAUGCUGGUGGCCGUCGGUGGCCGGAAUGAGAAUGGAGCUCUCUCGUCAGUAGAGACUUACAGUCCCAAGACCGACUCCUGGUCCUACGUGGCCGGCUUGCCCAGGUUCACAUAUGGCCACGCGGGCACCAUCUACAAAGACUUCGUGUACAUCUCGGGGGGCCACGACUACCAGAUCGGCCCCUACCGCAAGAACCUGCUGUGCUACGACCACCGGACGGACGUGUGGGAGGAGCGCCGGCCCAUGACCACCGCGCGGGGCUGGCACAGCAUGUGCAGCCUGGAGGACCGCAUCUACUGCAUCGGGGGCAGCGACGACAGUGUGGAGUCCAUGGAGCGCUUCGACGUGCUGAGUGUCGAGGCCUACAGCCCGCAGUGCAACCAGUGGACCCGAGUGGCCCCGCUGCUGCACGCCAACAGCGAGUCCGGCGUGGCCGUGUGGCAGGGCCGCAUUUACAUCCUGGGCGGCUACAGCUGGGAGAACACGGCCUUCUCCAAGACGGUCCAGGUGUACGACCGCGAGAAGGACAAGUGGAGCAAAGGCACUGACCUGCCCAAGGCCAUUGCCGGGGUGUCUGCCUGCGUCUGCGCCCUGAAGCCUCGGCUGGAGGACAAGAAGAAGAAGGGCAAGACCAAGAGGCACCAGGACCGGGGCCAGUGACCCCUCCCGUGCCUGCUGGGGCUGUGUCCCCACCGCCACCUCCCGAGUGUCUGUAGACCAGCAGCAACUUCCUAGAACCCUGGAACCAUUAUGCACCACUUAGCAGCUUUUUUUUACUUUUAUGAUUCUUGGUAUUUCUAUGAUAUCACCGUAACCAAUUAAAUAUUCUACGUAACUUUACAUAUUAUCUUGCUUGAAUAAUUAAACCUGGGCCCAGGCAGGAAAUAUCCCCUUAUGUCUGCUCAGGGCUUCUCCCCACAGUACAAGUCUCUGGGGGUUCUCCCAGCCGUCCCCCUGAGAGUAGCUAGGGCAGGGGUUACGAGGAAAUUUUUGGAGUGAAACUGGAGGCUUUGGUGGGACAUUUCAGGUCCUCUGGUCUCUGCCUCCCCAAACCUGGCUGAUCUUUUAAAAAUGUAAAUUCCUGGGCCCUGCCUCAGAAUAAUUGGGUCUAAAACUACCAGGAGUGGUUGGGGGGAGUGGCUGGAAACUAUUUUAACCAGUUCCUGGAAUGACUGAGCAUUGUUUGGGAAUCACUGGCAAGGUCAAGUGUAGUCAUUUUUAUGAGUGGGGACACAGGGACCCCGAGAGGGUAGAGAAGCGACAGACAACAAGUGAGUCUUGGAACUUCUCACCUGGGGGGCGUCAGGUAACUUGUUUCUGAAUACUCUGUUUUCCUGGUCGGUACUCUUCCUGAAUGCUGAAAGGGUAUAGGUAAACAGGGAGGAAGGGGGGAAAAAGGCAUGAAGCUCUUUAUAAAUAUUCUGUAAUUUGCCCUUUUUAAAACUUUUUCCUGGCACUCACUGUUUCUGAUGUGCUGAGCCCCUCAGUCUACAUUCAUUUGUCAGGAAAGGAAAAGGGAGCGCCCUUGAAUUUGCCAUUGUCCUCUGUGACUCUGGCUCCUAGAGGCAUCGGCGGCUUUUACAUGGGUGAACGCACGUUAAUCCCUCAGAAGGUUGAGUGUCUCCCCAACUCACCCACUCAAGGGGCAGACCCUGGUCCCAGCUGUCUGCUGCUAAGUACAAGCAGUUUUGUGCUGCUGGGCAAAUUCUGGAACAAGCCUUGAGCUGUCUCCUCACUCAUUAAGUGACAGAGCUGGAUGACAUCGUGGCCAGGCUCCUCCCAGAGUUUAAGCUGUGUCAGUCUACAUAAGCUGUUAAAAUAUUCGGCACCUCCUUUUGAGAUGUGUGACCGCCGUGCCUGGGUUUCUGCAGUCACUAGAACAGCCAGAGUAUAUGCCCUUUAAGAAGAGUUGGAGACUAAUGCCCAAGAUGCUGUGUAACAAAUAUAACGUGAUGGGAGGAGAGGCAUGUGAUCAGGUUUAAUCACAAGCCAGAGGAAGCAUUAAUGAUCUGUACCUUGGCAGCGAUCUGACUGCAGAGAGGGGAAAAUUUGAAGGUGUGUGGUUAACAUUGAUAUUAGACUAUGGAUCUCAGUUUCCUUUAUUUAAUUUUUUUGCCUCUACUGCACUUCCUUUCCUUGCUUUCAAGGUUUACUGUGAUUUUGAGAACAACCAGGAGAUCUGAGAGUGACUGGGCAUUUAAAACCUCCAGUACCCACUCAGUGCCCUCCAUUGCUAGUUGGGCAAGCAGCCUGCGUAGUUAGCUAAGUCCUUGUAUGUGGGAGUCUCUGGAGGCUUACAAACUGUUGAGAAGUUCUACAAGGUAUGCAUACAAACCAACCAAAAAACUACACUCUUGUGGCUUGACAACCCUUCUGUGUAGUAAAGGCUCUGAGAAGUCCUGCAUUAACUGCUAACCUGCCAUCAACCAGCACCUCCAGACUUCACUGAGCCUGAAACCCUUUUUUGUCCCGUACCUAGGCUCAGCCCUCCACGAAACACGCUUUGCAGAACUUCUACCAACUUUGGGGUAGCUUAGCACCUUCCUAUUCCAGGAGUGGUUUCAUUGCUUGAAAACACUCUACAAGGCAUAAAAAAUAUGGUCUUUUCUCCCCUGCUUAGCCCAAGUCAUAAACCAAGUGGUGGUCAACCAGAACCCUGAGGCAGGUGGGGAAGAACUCAUAGAAAGACUGUUUGUGCUUCGUGGAGACACCUGACUUUGACCUUGGGGAGAGGGCAGCUGUCAGUUUUUAGCUUAAGCCAGCUGCGUUUCUGACUGCCAGAACGUGUCCCAGGAUGCAGGCCUCUGGCCUCUUUUCUGACUUGUGCCUUCGUCACUCACAGUGUCCUGCACCGAGUAUUUUUCGAUGUCUCUCGUUCUGCUCUAAAGGCAGUUUGUAACCUACGUGGCUUAGAAGCUGACAUUGAGGUUGAAGGGACAUUUCUUUAAAAGUGGACUCUCGUGGACCAACAUCAAAUGGUUGGUGGUGGCUCCACUUACACUAAGAAAGAUUUUCAAGCUCAUCGGGGUCAGUGGAAAAGAGCAGCGUGACCAUGAGCCUGGGCAUGGGAACGCUACGUGGCGGGCCCCGUGCUGGUUUUCGUUGUCCAUGUUUCCAGAUGGAAAUCACUCCACUGUGCAGCCCAACUAAGGAUGGAAGAAAAUGGCUUUUCACUCCGUUUGGCAGAGCUUGGGGGUGUGCUCAGGCCAAUGGCCGUUUGAACUGCAUAAUCUUGAAGGUGUUGUUUCCAACCGAAGUGACAAAGACCCGGAUUCUUGCAGGCCACCAUCUAGAGACAAAAACAGCAGCAUUCACUCUCGUCCCAUCCAACUGUCGAUGCUUCAAGCUGAACUUUGAGAAUAUCUGGAUCAGUUGUUUUGUUUUGUUUUUUAGUCUUUCAAAAUAAGGAUGGUGGACUUUUAUCCAGGUGUUUUUUUUUCCCCUCACUUUUAACGUACUAGAGUUUUAACUUCGUAUUAGUUGUAGGUUUUGAGUUUGAUCCUCAGUUAGAAUCCUGAUUGCUUAAGACAUAGAUGGAGUAAUGGACGGGGAUAGAAAAGCUGGAGAAACCCGUACCCCUCACGGUGGGCUCUCUGCUGUCUCAGCAACUUGCUUGCACGGAUGGCUCAGUCAAUAUUUUUAACAUUCUGCCCUUUUAGAUAGACCACCCGGUAGGACUUCUAGAUCUUGAGCUGAUCAGAGAACUUCAUGUGUGUGUUAUAAACUGAAUGUUCCGCCCCUGCCCCUGACAGGUAAGGCGACCUGGCCUCAGUGUGACUUAGUGCAGACCCCAGAAGCCAGUCCUGAGGGGUGUUCAGUUUAAGGUGGGAACCCAAAUGCCAAAAGAGGGUGGAGUCCCUCCCCUGAGGUCCAGGGUCUCACUCUGUGAGUUCAGGUGAGUUCACCUGUGGUUCAAAGCACCUGGCUCCACCUCCAGGAGUGAAGGACAUUUUGGUAAUGUGAGCAAUGUUGGAUGGGAGAGGGUCCCCCCACCCCCUUAUAGAGUUACUAGCCUCUCUCUGCCCUGGUCCUCCAUGGCAUGCGCUUGGCCAGCUCCAGCCUGAGCAGCACCUCACAGGCCCGUUAGCUCUUGGAGUUUUGGGCUAGACUCUCAAACUGCUGGUCCCUAACCUGGACAGGCAGUUCCAGCUGUGGCCUGGACAUCCCCGCUGUCCCUGCAGAUUCUGAGUGUCUUCAGAGGGGAGGGCGUGGUGUCUUGCAGUUUAGGACAAACCUUUGUAGUACAGGGCAGCUCCGUAGGUACUUGGAGAUCCUGCCGAGUGCAUUUGCCAAGCCUGGCAGUUUUUAAAGUUUUUUGAAAUGUUUUGAUACUUUUUGAUACCAUUUGCUAAUAACCGUUUUGUAGGUUGCCUGCCGGGGUUUUCCACCUCACCCCUACCUGCUCCCCCUUGAGCUUGCACUAGACAGCAAAUGUCCUGUGGUCAGUGCUGGCAUAUUGCCAUGUGGCUUUGUCUGGGAUCUUGCUCUCCUCUGUGGCUGUGAUCUGAUACAACUCUUGAAUUUUGUAAGGUCACACAUGGCCCCUGAGUAUGACCAUGACUGUCUUGGGCUCCCAGCUGAGCAAGAGGACACUGACUUGCCAAGAAGUGGCAUUCUCCCUAAAUAGAUGUCCCGCACUUCUUCCAAAGCUCCUACCUCAGCAGUGCACGCAGAGUUGAAAAGAUGCCUGAGGACAGAUUCAUAGAUCACCUUUCUCAUACGGGUCAUUUCUCAACCCAGGGCAUGGCUGGGGUCCAGAUCCAAUCUCGUCCACCCUAUUUUAAAGAAAUUUUAAUUCAAAGUCCACAAAAUCUGUAAGAAUGAGCCAUCCUGCACUUUAUAGAAGUAUUGCCCUCAGCGUUGGAGGCUGUUCAUUUCUUUCUUUUUUUUUUUUCCUAACAUGGAUAUAAUUGGUGGCUUCUAAUGAUGUUCUGGGGAUCU